UCAACUUCUGGGCAGAUUUCUUAAUUUUCCUCGCCACUACCGUGAACAGCGCGCGUGAUUGUCGUCUGGGGGCAGUCAAGAAUGCCCCAUCGAGAAGAUGGCAUCCGAUAGUGUUGAGCAGGAAGCAGUUCUGGUGGCGAACGCCACCAUCAACGGGCCACUUUCUCCAGUCACAAUGGAGGAAUCAUUUUGCAAAUUAGCCCUUUACGUGGAAUUCUCCUCGUCCGGUGUCAGAAUCUGGGACGUCCUGAUUUUCCUCCCGAAUCUCCUGUUCCUGCUCUUCCUGGGAUUGCGCUUCAACCGCGCCAGGCUCAAGCUGCGCGCCACCAGCUCGCCAAUCUUUCUCACCUUCUACGGCAUUGUGUGGGCUUGUGUGCUGAUGAGUGUGCUGCGCUGCCUGGUCUCGAUGCUCGUCAACGCGACCACGUCUUUCGGCGGCAUGACAGACAAGAUCAUGUGGAUCGCCGUGAGGUUCUCCUUGUUGUCCGCUGAAAUGAGCGUCGUCAUCUUCGGUCUGGCCUUUGGUCACCUGGACAGUCGCAACUCCAUCAGAGCGGUACUCGUGACGACGUGCGUGAUCUCGCUGGCGUUCUCCUUGGCGCAAGGCGCGCUGGACAUCGUCCUGCCCGAUGAUGCCUUUCACAUUCCCUCAAAGGAUCUGGAUUUGUUUGGACACGGCGGCAUGCUGUUCCUCUUCGUCACGUCCCUGAUCUUCGCCACGAUUUACCUCGUGAUCUUCCUGCUGCCGUGCACGCGCGCACGCGAUUACCUGGCCCUGCCGGCUAAGAAGUCCUUCUACGUCUACGUGGCUACGCUGUGCCUCCUGGAUGGGAUGCAGGCGGUGGGCGCGGGCCUGCUGAACUGGGGCGUGCCGCAGGGAUUGUGUGUGUUGAACGUGACGAGCGGACUGUACUUCACCUUCUACACGCCGCUCGUGUACGUGACAUUCCUGCGGGAGUUCUUCAGCAUCUCGCAGCCCACGAUCCUGUUCUCCUACAAGACGCAGGUGGACGACACGCUGGAGGACGAGCACUACUCGCUGCCGCAGCAACAGAGCCUCACGAGUCUCAAGACGGAGUCGGACUUCAUCUGUCCGAAUCACUGCCUGUUCGAGAACACGCAGUUCGCGGCCAACGCGGCGUCCAUCAACCAGUUGUGCGGCGUCCAGAGUCCCGACAGUAUUACCGGCUACAGCAUAGAGUCCUCCUCGUCCAUCGAGUUCAGCGGCCGCGGUGAGUUUGGGAGUCUCGUGGCGCGGAACAAUUAGAGGCAGAUUUGGCGGGAAAAGGCACCUAAAAAGGAAUCUAGUCAAUAGUUUAUGAAGAGUAUAUUGUUGUGAAAUUCAUAUGAUACUGAACAAAGUAAUUUAAUGAGAGUGGAAUAAUCACAGUUUUAAAUAAUAAAUGACGAGACAUCAAAAUAGC